CCCCGUCUGCCAGAAAGCUUUACUGACGGUAGAAACGGGGGACCAAUUUUAAACGCAAUCCAAAGAGAGAAAAGGCUUAGGAAGAAUUAGGAGCUUGACUAGUAAGCCAGGCAAGAUGGUCAGGGGACCGGACGCACGGCAGAACCAUGCUAGUUCCUCCGCAGGGGACGGAGAAGUGACCACUACCGUUGUUUUACAAGAAAUGUUGAACAGGAUAGAGGUCAUGAAGAUCGGAAUGGACACUAUGAAUGUCCGGUUAGAUCUUCCGAGAGCCAAGGUACCUCCGGAGAACAUACCCUGCUUUGAUGGAACCAAGGUUAGGGAGUUCCUGAAAGAUUAUGAUGUCUUUGGUAUGAGCCACGGUUGGUCUGACAAACAAAAGUUGAAAGCUUUGCUAGCCUAUGUUGAGCCUAAGAUGAGGGUGUCAGUGACAAAAGCGACACAAGGGUUGACAACAUGGGUCGAGGUUAGGCAAAAGAUGCUGGAAGAAUACGCGAAGUAUGACGUCCCAACGACCAUGCAAAAUUUGUUGGAAGUGCGACGUUCUAAGUAUGCAACCCUCGAUCAAUUUCUAGAAGAUUUUGAGCGGGUUGCGCGGAGAGUACCCUUCUUAGAUGAGGCCCAGAAGUGUCAUGUCCUGCUAACUAAUUUUGCAGAGGAUGAAAGAAAGAGUGUGAUGAAAGCAAUAACUAAAGCGAGAGAAGGAAAUAUUGAAGCAGUUACAAGAGGAAACUUGAAGGCGGAGGAGAUCCUUGGUCUCCUCGUUAAGCUUGGUAGCUUCGAAAAGUUAACCCUUCCUGCCCCAGCAACUCAAGCACUUGUUAGAGCCGAAGAAGGUAAGAAAGAAAGAAAGAAGGAGAAGCAAAAGGAAGAGAGUGAAAAUGGGAACGAGAGUAGUGAUGAGGAAGACGCUAGGCGAAGGAGAAAAGAGAGACAAAAGAAGAAGCGCGAUCGGGAUUGGAAAAAAGAUAAUAAGAGUCGAGAUUGGCAAAAGAGAGAUGGCCCCUUCCGAUGUUAUUAUUGUGACGAGGAAGGCCAUACUCUAGCCCGGUGUCCGACACCAGAAAAGGAACUCGAAGAAGGGAUUGUCAAGAAAAACGCCAAUGGGCACAUCUGUGAUGCCAAUUGGAACAGGGUUGACUUCCGAAUCAAAGGUGAGAUGCGAGCCGUAAUCCUAGAAAAGGCUAAGGCCAACAAGGAUAAAAAGAAGAAGGCUAGGGUUAAUGUUAUCACCUUUGAUGGUAUGCUACCUUCGGAGAUAGUGGCUCGAUACGACAAUCCUGAAAGUCAAAAUCUAAAUGUAUCCUAUAUCAGCCAAAAGCAGGUCGAAGAGAAAAAGCGGGAGAAGGCUCAGCUGAUCGAUGGGACCAAGGACUUAGUGAAGGAAGGAAAAGGAAAGGAAGCUGUCGGAAAAAAGAAAGAGGUGGUCUUGAGAUCCGAGGCCGAAGAAGGGAUCUCGAUAGAUGAACUAGUAAAGAAAUUACUCGAGGAGACCGAGAUCACCUUAUCUUGGAAAGAGGCAGUAGCCUUGGUACCCAAGUUUAGGGAAGAGCUUAAGACGAUGGUUGAGAGGCGGAAGGUAGAGAUCAAUAGCCUAAGACUCUUCCCUCAGCACGUGGAAAGAGCCCCGCCUGGUACCAAGAUGAGGUUUGGCAACAUGUCGUGCGGAUAUUUGAAUAUCUCCGUAAACGACGUGAAAGUCAGAGCUCUAGUGGACUCUGCGGCCGAGAUGGUGCUUAUGUCCUCGACUGGGUUCCUGUCUUUGGAAGGUUUCAUUGAUGAUUUGCCAAUUCGGAUUAGAACUUUACGGGCCGAGAUCCUCUGUUUUGUGGUUCCCAACUUGGAUCAUGACUGCAUUCUCGGAGCCCCUUUCCAACAUCGAAUGGAGGCUUGUGCGUUCUUUGGCCAUGAUGGGGCGGCCUGGCUUUCUCUUCAGGAUCCUAACAAUGGUCAAAAACAGGCUUUUGAGAUAAGUGAUAGGCAUCAUCCUCGUCAUCAGCGACAUGUUAACUCUCUUAAGCAUGGAGAAUCUGACAAACUGAUUGAGGAAGUACGGGCAAAACUGAAAGAAAGUGGAAUAAUAGACAAGAAGACAACGAUUAGAGUAAAUGAUAUUGGGAAGAUGCUCAAGCUUCUGGAUAAAGAAAAGGAGUUGGGCGAUAAGAGAGAGAUGGAAGGAUUCAAGGAUGAUGUGAGGGCAGCCAAAACUGGCACGAUGCAGCUCACCUUCUCUGCAUCUGAUAAGCUAAGAGAUGGCAGGGUUGUAUUAGGAGUACCCUACUUCGACGAUGAAAAGGAGAGGCCUUUUAUCAUCGAAGCCGACGGCGGCCCGAUAGCAUUAGGAGGAGUGCUCUUGCAGCAAUAUGAGAAUGGUAAAGAAAGGCCACUUAGAUUUGAGAGUCGCACCCUUAAUUCGGUAGAGAGAGGCUAUAUUCAGUUCAGGAAGGAGCUUAUGGCAAUCCUGCACUGUCUCAGGGUGUUUAGACACUAUGUUAUGGGGCGAAAAUUCAUCCUAAGAACGGAUUCCACGACGGUAAUCGGAGUUGUUAAGAGGCAUCAACAAGUAGAUGCUACAGUUAGUAGGUGGAUAGCACACAUAUGGACGUAUGAUUUUGUGUUGGAAAAGGUACCUACUGAAAAGAAUCGAGCCGAUGGGCUGAGCCGCGUAGAAUGGGGAUCAAUAGAUGAUGAAUCUCUUGAGGAGGCACCCUUCGUUGACGAAUUCCUUAUGGAAGACGAUGACGAAGGACUACCUCCAGCUCCUAUGGAAGACUGCUGGGGAGAAAAGGAUGACCCUUACCUCCAUUACCUUCUAACUCGAGAGGAUGAGGAGAAAGGAUGGUAUGGGAUGGUAGAACAAGCUGCUGUUGCAACUCAUGAGCUGGCAGAGAGUUCAAUGAUGCCUGAACGAAGGCUGAAUGAGAUAGAGGAAGAGCCGGAAAACCCUGAGCAAGAUAAGGACGCUGAGGAGAGAUUUAAGAAGAAUGAGUAUGAUGGGGAAUAUAAGAGGAUCGGUAUGGUAAUGAGCAGUAAUCAGUUGGAUGAAUUCUACCAUGAGAAGACAAAGAGAACCUUUAGGCUACGUAGGGGUCACCUUUUUGUGGAUGCCAAGGAAGGACUACCUCCACUGAGAGUCGUGUGUAGUAAGGAAAGGCAACUAAAGGUGAUCGCCGCACUGCAUGAGGGUCUAGCAGGGGGUCAUAGGGGUGCUGAUGCUACAUACUAUAAAGUAUCUCGACUAUAUCACUGGGAUGGUCAGGGAUAUGGUUAUGAGAUAUUGUAAGUCAUGUGAAGCCUGUCAGAAAAGGUCAUCUAUGAGAUUGAUUGAACCCUUAUACCCCACUGUUCUUGUUGAACCUGGCAUUACUGUUCACCUUGAUCUAAUUACUAUGCCACCUGGUAAGGAUGCAAUUAAAUAUGUACUAAACAUGAGAGAUAACAUGUCUGGUUAUGUUGAAGUAAAAACCAUUCGUAAGA